UCUUUAAGAAGGUUGGGGGGUUCAUUUCAACUGCAGUUGACAAUACACAUCUCUUCUCUCUCGUUCAUACAAAGCAAAGUAUGGGUAACUUCACAUGCAUUUGGCCCAUUUGGAAACCGUGCGCCAUGUGCAAAGGUGCAGUCGGCAAACACAUAGACAUACACAUACAUACAUGUAUAUAUAUGUAUGUAUGUAUUUGCUUCAUUAUUACAUGAUGAUUAACCACGCAGCUUAUGUUACGGAUCUUGCCUUGGGUUGGAGGCACACCCCCCCUCCCUUCUUGGUUCCUACCCUUAGUUCACAAACUUCCCCACAUUCCUAUAUAAACCAACCCCUCAUCAUUCCAAGACAAAGACAAGAAUACAUAUGAAACAUGGCUUCUUGGGUUCGAACAAUCACUUCGCCCUUCAGAAAAGCUUGUACUUUCUUCAACCACAACCACCACCACCACAGGGACACUAAGAAAUCCCAACAAGGGACUUGCACGGUGAAGUGAUGGCGUGCGCGUACGAGGACGUGCAAGUCAUGUGGUCGAUCUUGGACAAGUCCAAGCACAGUACCUGCAACCUCAACUAGUUCUUGAUUACUACUGUAAUUUUUUUCAAUUUGUAAAUACUUGGUCCGAUAUCCAGAAUCUUGUCUGUGUGUGUGGCUGGAUGAAUAUUUGAAGCCCAAAGACAAGCUGGUCGAUCAGUUUUAGUAGGGCAUUGGUCGAACAGUAGAUCUGUCGACAUCGAUAGGAAAGAGAAUACAUAUCAGCCAUGAUGUGAUCUGAUGAUCAUCCUAAUUAAUCCCCAGUGCAUGGCUGAUUGAUUCUUUCACAAAUUAGUGGGUUUUUUUUGUUGGUUUUUGGAGUUGAAUCCCUAUGAUCAAAUGAGAAUCAUGGUGAGAUUGUUUUGUGAUUGGAUUGAUUAAUGGUGUGUGAUGAAAGAUAAAGGACUCACUGUUCUUGUUUUGUUUGCCAAAAGGGCAUGUUUGAAAGCCAGGAUAUAUCAAUAAAUAUUGAGGCUUAGUUCUUGUGA